AUGGAAACAGUAAUAGGUGACACAAAAGAAGUGACUUGUAUGGAUGAGGAUGACUUGCAAACUAUGAAAGUCAUUCAAGAACAGUUUUUAGCUGUUGAUGCUGAAGAGAUCAAGGAAAUCAGCGAGCAUUCCAAGCAGGUGAAAUUCAAAGCAGAUAUUGUAUGGAGGAAUGUUGCACUGUUCGCUGCUCUCCAUAUAGCUUCUCUGGUUGGCCUUUACCAAUUAAUUUUUCUCUGCAAGUGGCGGACAAUGAUUUGGUAUUGUUCUUGCUGGCUUAUGGGAGUUUUUGGUAUAACAGCUGGAGCACAUCGUCUUUGGUCACAUCGUAGUUAUAAAGCUAAAUGGCCUGCUCGACUUUUUUUAGUGUUUUGUAAUAGUAUGGCUUUUCAGAAUGAUGUUAUUGAAUGGUCUCGUGAUCAUCGAUGCCAUCACAAAUGGACAGAUACAGAUGCCGAUCCUCACAAUACAACCAGAGGAAUGUUUUUUGCUCAUAUGGGGUGGUUAAUGGUCCGAAAGCAUCCAGAAGUUAAAAGAAAGGGUUCUCAAUUAGAUCUAAGCGACCUUUUCAAGGAUCCUAUGCUGGCAUUUCAACGAAGGCAUUACUUGAAAACUGUAUUUUUUGCGUGGUUUAUUGUUCCGACGUUUGUACCGAUGUAUUUUUGGAGUGAAUCAUUCAUGAUUGCUUUUUAUACUUGCACAUUGUUAAGGUACUGUUCUACCUUGCAUGGUACGUGGCUGAUCAAUUCAGCUGCCCAUAAAUAUGGCUUCAGACCUUAUAAUCCUCAUAUAUCACCUGUUGAGUCAUUAUGGCUAGCAGUCACUGCCAUGGGUGAAGGUGGCCAUAACUAUCACCAUACAUUUCCGCAAGAUUAUCGAACGUCGGAAUAUGUGCUGCACUUUAAUAUCACAAAACUGUUUAUCGAUAUAUUAGUUUUCUUAGGAUUGGCUUACGAUAUGAAAGUUGUCCCACAGGAGAUCAUUGAGCGACAAAAGGCGAAAUACGCUGUGAAGAGGAAUUGA